GGGUGAAAGUUGGUAAAUAUUUGUUCUGGGGCGGAUUGAGACACCGUGCAACCCGCCAGGUUUGACUUGGGUUUGGAUUGGGCUGGAGGAAAUAAAAUAAGCUGAAAAUUUCCAGUUUUUUAAAGAAAUUUUGGAACCCUUUCUGGGAAUAAGCAAAAAUGUCGGACCACUCCCCCGCCGAGGAUUACGACUUUAAUAAACAUGACCACUCUGCUCCGCCGAAGCAAGCUCCUCGGGGUGCCGGAGUAGAUACGAGCGAUUGGCUUAUUUCUCUCGUGGACCGGCCUGUGACCUGGUUUAGAGAAAAAAUUGUGACCCCGAAUCAAACAAAGUACCCGUGGUAUCACGAACGGCUCCGCCGCGUCCCCACCAUCGAUCAAUGCUAUCUUGACGACCAAUUGUGCAUCUACGAAGCUGACAUGCAAUACAGGCGAGAUAAGAAUGUGGACAAUGAAAUCCUGAACAUUUUACGUUAUCGGAUGGACGAUUGUGUCCGUGAGGAGUAUCCCGAUUAUGAAAAGUGCUUCCCACUCAAGGAAGCGUAUGAAGUUGCGGCGGCCAAUUGGUUCACUAAAUACGGCGAUCUUGGUGCUAUACAUAACGUCAAGUAUGCAUUCAUGAAGCAGAAACAUCGCCUCUUGUGGGAGCGACGCCACGGAAAAGUCGGAUGCGGAAUGAAAAGCAAAGACAAUGAAAUUUCCGCGGAGGAUAACGACCAUUAAAAAAAUUACCAGAAAUUUCAAAUAUGCGAGUGUAGUGUGUUCAGCGGGCUUAAAAUGAUUGUAAAUUGUAGCUUUUGCCAACAAAAAUGAGUCAAAAAUUUAUAAAGUAGACAUUCUGCUGUAUAAAUUCGUUAAUUUAGUAGAAAUAAUAAAGUACAUUACAUUUCUGUUAAAAACUGGAA